GAUACUUGAGUGCGUACUUAUGUAUUUCAUCGGUGCUUCAGUCCCUCGAAUAAUCGUGCUUAUAGGGGAUCCGGCGCCGCUCUGUUAAAGUUUAAUCUGGUAUUCACUUCGUGCAACCAUCUGUGGAACAAUUAGGAUGUUCGAAUUUGCUACCAUGCCCGCCUGGCCCGCAGGCACAGACACUUAGCAACCGCUUGACACGAUCAAUAUCCACAGAGAAGUCUUGUUUUAUAUAUUUGUAUCCGUCGGCACCUUUCUAUUCACGCAUGUGCUUUAAAUUACAUGAAAUUGCUCACAUCAAUUCCGGUACUACAUGGAAAUAGCAGUUGGCAAGAUUGUCACGUCACUUUUAAAUAAUAGAGUGAUUUGAGGCAUCACCAUGGCAACCGAUCAACAAACACCGCGGCUGCUGGAGGAGAAGAGAAAUGGAGUCAGUUAGCUGAGGGUUGAAGGAGAAAGACAGACAGAGAGGGAGAGAGAGAAAGGGAGACAGACAGACGAACUUGAUAUGAAUGACUCUUGACCUUGCACACGACAAGUGCACCAUCCACCAUUGCACAGAGAGAGGUACUUCAAAGUAAGGAGGAAAUACAUGUACAAUACGUGGGAAGACUCGGAGCAGACAACAAGUGUCUUUUCCCCAUGAAUUGUCAUUUGUCAUUUCGAUUGCAUUGGAGGGUGAGACGUCAGGCGUAGAUUAUGACAGUGAAUGUGUAAAUGCAAUCUUCUGGACAGAUUUAGUUUUGUCAGUCUAGUUUUUACGUUUUGACAAAAGCAAACAUGGACCACCUGGGCCUAUUCUCUUCGGAAUACCAAUACAAGAUUGUUUGUAUUACAUGUUAAUUUUGAUUUGACAUCGCUUUGUGCUGAGAAAAGGAGAGUGACAAAAUCGUUAAACAUUUCACUCCGUGAAAUGAAUUACUUUUAUUUAUUACAAAUCAACCGCUGAUGUUCUGUGGUUGCACUGCUACCAUGAGAGGCUCGCUAUCGAAUCGCAUUGAAAUUAAUCAACAGCGGUGAAAAUACUAAUUGAGCUAUUGCGUGCGUGUCGUUCAUUGGCUACAUUUUGAUUAAAAUUAAGGAUUGAGCACAGUGAGUGUAUUCAUGAAAGAUUUACCCGACUGAUUCUGAGCCGUUUUAUUUCAUCGAGGGGCUGUAGAUAUAGAUCAUAUUGAUCUGUAUAGCCCGCAGAGUAUGAGAACGAAAUUGCUGCUGAACAAAAAAAUAUGAUUUGUGAUCGGUCAGAAAGAGAUUUCAUUUGAGACGAUGGCCCAGAGGCUGACCGAAGCGAUUGUCCGUCUGCGUUACCGCCAGAUAAAAGCCUUGCUUGACCAGGGGGUCAAUAUCAAUAACAAGCUGGACAAUGGAAGGACCCCCCUCAUGGUCACCCUGGGCAUACAUGACGAUGAAAAGCGCAGGCACAUGUUCAGGUUCCUCGUCCAUCACGGUGCCGAGAUGCUUGAAUCGGAUGAUGAUGACGUCACAAUUUUUCAUCAUUGCUGUCGUCUGGGUUUUCUAGAUCUGAUGGAGAUCAUCUUGAAGAAGGCCGGGGUGAGCGCCGUGAACAUGAUGGGACGCGACAAACAUGGCAGGAAUGCUCUGUAUCAUGCGGUGGCUAGCGAGGAUGCGGAGAUUGUGAAUAAGGUCCUUGAUCACAUUAAUUUGAGACAGCAGAGCGUUGAUGUACCCGACAAUGAUGGUCUGACGCCGCUUUUGUACGCCAGGCGUCUGGGGUUGACGGACAUUGCUGACACACUGAUCACCAGAGGGAAAGCCAAUCCGCGUAUAUGUGACCGCGAAAUGCACAUGAACGCCGAGGGGUGGGCCGAGGCUGCAAGACGCAGAGAACAAGAAGAGCAAGCCCACGCCAAGAAAAUGUCCCGAGAACGAUACAUGAUCUGUCCACCUAUAGAUCAUGCCACGAGGCGAAAAGAAAAAAUCUCUAAGAUGAAAUCGAAAACUGUUUUCAUGCCAAAUCUUACCACGAAAAAUUCGAACAUCAAAUCUUCAGUAUCGUCACCGACAUCAUCCUUGCCGACUGACAGUACCCCUCCGAUCGACAACCAUCCCAUGCGAUUACCAAGCUUAUCUCAAUCAAACAACCUCUCGCAAUAUCCCUUCCCAAACGGCAACGACGUCGAUCUUAGAACAAAGUCAAUCGACUCUGCCAUCACACUCCUGGGGCUCGCAUCACAAACGGCAGACGACAAGCAAUACGCGCAAUCGUUUGUAUCCAGCAGACAACAUAAGCCUGUCGGGCAUGCAGAGAGCAAGAGCAGCAAUCGUCAUUUACAGAGGACAUGGGCGACGAUGAUGGAUGCGUACUCGAUCCAAAAUCAGGCAAACUUUCGGCAGCCCGCCAAAGCACCAACCCUGCCAGAUAUAAACGCUGACGUGGAUGGAUCUGGCCAACGGACAAAGAUGUCGACGCUUGCGUUCAUCAUGCGAGCGACGCGAGGAGGAAAAGGAAAAGGAAAAAAUCCUCGAGGAAAACACAGGUUGAAUAGCAUCUCCGAACCCGUGGGCGACGGAGACCGCGGGCAUCGAAGGAAGGUCUCGCGACGGAAGACUUCGACGAUGUCUGCACAUCCGGAUGAUACAUCUAAGGAGGCGUUGUCUGCCAUGCAAGAGGACGAAUCGGAGGGGGGUCGGAACAAGAAGAAAAAGGACAGUCAAACUUCAUCUCAAAAGCAAGAACCUUUGCCGAACAUCACAGUUUCGUGAUGUUCUCUACAAAGAUAAUGUAUUCACUGCAUUGCUUGAUUGGUUUCAACAAUAUUGCUUUACUUUUAUAACUUGCUUUGUUUUUAUAGCCAAUAUGUAAACACAUCAUGUCUAUCUUGCACUAUGGCUUAUUGAAAGUUAAGUGUACCACAUCAGAUUCUGUAUUUGACUAAUUCCUUUACUUUAGCUGAAAUGGAUUAUGUAGUGGUAUUUCUUGAUGUGACCAUAGUCAGCAAUAAUUAGGGAUCAAUGUUAAUUACCUAAUCUACCUAAUAUUAUUGAAAAUAAGUCUAUUUCAAUUUGAUUCGCAAAAAAGGAAUGAGUACUUGCAUGGUUUGUCAAAUUAUUUCUUCUUUUUCUACUCCCAGGGCCAAUAUCUUCUACACCCAUCUUUCUAUCCCAAAAUUAUUUUCUAGUGAUCGCACUCCUCCUUUUCAUGCUCUUAUCUUGUUUUAGUUACUUCCGAUUUGUUUUGGUGCAAGUCAGAUUUAAAGGAUGGGGUAUGUGGCCCUUGAGUCAUUGACUAUUUUAUCAGAAAGCACAAUUUGUUCUUGUGUCAGAUUAAAAUGGUUUUAUCCACAACUUGGUGGGUGACAACUGGAAUGUAUUUGUCAGUUUUAGGCAUCCAAGUCUAUAAAAGAGAGGAACACAUUCUGUUCAUCUUAAGAUUACAGUAUUAGGACUAGGGGCGCUCAAAGGGGGCUGGCAAUCCCCCCACGAUUUUUGUUGCUUUAUCAUCGAAACAAAUUAUAAGCAGCCCUUUUUCUUUGCUUGAUAAAAUCGGAACCCAUGUCCACCAUAAACAUGCUCUGGCUCCGCCACUGUUUAAAGACUACUACUAGGUCUCUACUAUUUUGGAAACGCGAAUUGGCAUUAAUACAUGAUUUCCUUCUUUUAUUAGCUGAAUGUUAAUCGUUAUUGAGAACAAAAAUGUAACCGACAGUUCUUAGUGUAAACUUCAAUAAUAUUGUGAGUGUCGAAACGUCCUUUAAGUGUGUAGCAUCACGGUCUUUUUUAGCACCAAAGUGGGAAAUGUUACGAAAUUUAUGAUGUGAUGAUUCAAGAUGUAUAAUGUUUUUAUACACAGGUCGGGAUUUUGUAUAAAUUAGGCAGGCGAUAUCAGAAUUAAAU